GUUCAAGGGGAGAAUUCAAAGAUAGAAGCAAUUAUUUAGUGGUCUAAAGAGUUGUUUAGUUUGGAAGGACAAGUUAAACGAUUCACUGCAGAAAAUGAAUGAAAGUCGUAUAAUUAUGUACCAAAGAGAAAUAUGAAUUGAAUUUUGUUCAAAAUACCAAAUCAAAGAGAUGGAUAGAAUUGGAUAUUGGGAUCAAAUAAAAGGUAGAGGUCUAUGCAAAUAAUGAGUUGUAAAAUAUAGAUUUGAUUGUCUUUACAAUAUAAAUUGGGUGCUCAGAUAGUGUGCAAAACUACUUUCGUUAGGCCUACCUUUGGCAGAUGGCAGAAAACUUGAUAGCCGAUGUAUUGUUGCAGCCAUGGAAUUACAAAUUAUCUUUGGUUUCCAUAAUUAAAUAGAUCCCAUCAUUUUUAGAUCGUGUAUUAUUGAAUAGAUUUGAUAAGAUCUAUCUUUAAAACAUAGGUCAAUAUUAUUUAGGUAGUUCCUAUUCAAUAGAUGAAUUAAAGGAUUUUCCAGAUUUAGCCAGAUUUCCAACAAUUUAAUAAUAGAAUGCCUUUUUCUAAAAUAUUUAAGUGAGGUUGAUUGGAUUGAGUGAUGCUCAUUUUUAUUUAUUUGAGAUGAUAGAAGGGAAGGAUGAUUAUGUUAGACUGAUAUUCAGGGCUCCCCUCUAGAGUUGUGUCUAAUUAAAAAGAAAGAAAGACAAUAGCACGUAAUUGUCGAUCACUUGGAAGAAUUAUAAAAACAAACAAGAAGAACAAUAGAUAUUUACGAUAAAUGAAUAUGACAAGUUUAUCAGGUUGUUCUUGAGGAGAUUGAAUCAAUAUCAACAUGUGCGAAUGACAUCCAAUUCUUAUAUGGUUUUCGGGGAUUAGCAAUUGGCUGAGAAAUAGAAGAUCAACUCAAUCAUGAAGAAUCUAAACUAAUUGGAGAAUGAGAUUGAUAAGAAAUUUAAUCAAUAGACAAUUAAUAAACUGAUGGAUUUAUAUCAAUAAGCAAUUGAAUUUUAUUCAUCUGCCAGUGAUUACUUGUAUGAGAUCUACCUGAAUAAAUUACAGACAUUGAUACAGAGAUAAGAUGUAUAAGUUAUUUUAUAAUAUAAAUGA